AUGAGCGUUGAUCCAGUGAUUCUCGCGCUUUUCGGCCCAGCACCGACAGGCGUUGACCUGAGCGAGAGCCCAGUUCACAGCAACAAUGCAGCUGUUGCGGUACUGUUGGUGAUUGCCGCCUGCGCAGUGCUCCUGAGGUUCGCCGCUCGACGCAUCACGGGAAAUCCGUUGCAAAAGGAUGAUUGGGCCAUCGUGGUGGCGCUGCUCUUCACUGCUGGUAGUGCUGGGAUGUCCUUCGCAAUCGGCUCUUACGGCGCAGGGAAACACGUAUGGGCAGUAACAGGAGAAAGCCUGUCGACAGCCACCAAGGCAAGUGAAGUCGACUUCAUUGGCUCGCGAAUCUUUUCCGCCACGACGUUCUCGUUUCGCCUGAACAUUUGGAUCGCCGGAACGAUCACCCUCUUGUACCCACUUACUUUGGCAAUCGGAAUGGCUAAUUGUUGCAAACCUGUAUCUUUCUAUUGGGAACGGUUCGCGGGCAACUCGGAGGACUCUUGCCCGCUAGACGUAGGGACCUUCUUCGUGGUCCUUGCCAUCAUCAAUGUUAUUCUUGAUGCAUACAUUUUGACCAUCCCGAUCCCACAGAUCUUGAACCUCCAGAUGUCGACUCGGAAGAAAAUCAGCAUCUGCGGCUUGAUGCUGCUAGGAAGCUUUGUCUGCGGCGCCAGUUGUGUACGAAUCUACUACUUACGCGUCUUCUCGACAGCUACCGAUAUUACUUCGCUGAUGGGCCCCGUCAGCGUCUGGUCCGCCAUCGAACCGUCCAUCGGUAUACUUUCAGCUUGCCUGCCCAACAUGAGACCACUAUAUGUCAUGGUCCGGAAGAAGUGCUCCACUUCCUACGCCAGUCGUAGCAGCACCAAGAGAUCCGAUCCGGGGCCCAUGACGCGGAGACGCUUCCAACAACUCAGAUCCCACGGUAACGUGAAGGUCAACUCCCAGCAUGGUCAGGAAGAAGACGAACUUGAGUUGACCAAGCCUAACAAGCCCAGUAGAAGUUUUGUUAGCUCAGGGGACUCGAAUGACGGUAUCCACGACGGAGGCAUAGUGGUGCAGUCUGAAAUUGUUGUACAACACAGUUAA